AUGCCUCCCAAGCGCAAAGCCGCGCGCGCAAGCUUGGGUGUCAGUACCCCAAAGACACCCACGCCCAUGCACGAGGAUUCCAUGGACAUAGACACCCCUCAAGCGUCAGAUACCCCAAGAGCAGCCGAUACACCCACUGUGGGCAAGCCCAAUCAACCUUCAGCGGAGGAGUUGCUCGGAAACAUAUGGACGGACGACCAGGAAUCCUCCUUAUACAAGGGCAUCAUCAGGUGGAAACCCGCGGGAAUGCACAAGCACUUCCGCAUGCUGGCCAUCUCGGAACACUUGCGCAAUCACGGCAUCAACCCCGACGUUGAAACACACACUCGCAUUCCCGGUAUCUGGGCCAAGCUGCGCACGCUUUACAGUCUAGACCUCAUCGAUGAGCGGGAGAACUACGACGACGACGUUGAUAAGUACAAGGAGUUCGGCCUCCCGAACACGGAGUAUUGGGACAUGAUGUUUGCUCGCCGCCUGCCUGAGAACCCCAGCGAGGCCCCGAGCUCCCCUCCCGAAAUGGACCUCGACGAUCAUUCCACGCGCGGUGCCGCAGGGCCCCCCAGUGUGUCGGGGGGCGAAAGGGGGACCAAACGGAAGAGGGGCGGGGCCAAUGCUGCCGACGUCGCUAGUGUUGCCGGUAGCACCGCGAGGACUCGUGGUAGCACUGUCGAAGAUACCGAGGAAGACACGCCCCUGGCGUCCAGUCCAGUGGCGAAGAGCGCCCGCGGUGCCAGGAGCCGGAAGAGAGCAGCUGCCAAGGCAAAGGCUGAGAGUACGGAACCAGAGCCCACCGAAGAAAAUGACGAGGAAGACGGCAACCAGGGGGGGGGAGAAGAAGGAGCAGAAGAAGAAGCAGAGGACGAGGACGAGGACGAGGAACGGGAGGAGGAGGAGGAGAGUGACGCGGAGGCCGAAGCCGAGGCUGAGGCUGAGGACACAGCAGCCAAGUCUACGAGAGGCAGCACGAAGGCCACAGGACGGACAACCAGAGCGCGCGCCAAUACGCGGAAAGGCAGGAAAUGA